AUGCUGCCGGGCGUGCCGCCCUUGGUCUUGCUUUGCCUGGCCUUCUCCUUGGGGCACCCCUGCCCCGCCACCUGCAGCUGCACGGACACUCACACGGUCGACUGCCGGGGCCGGGGGCUGCCCGGCGUGCCCACCCCCUUCCCCCUGGACGUGCGGAAGCUCCUGAUGGGCAACAACAGCAUCCAGAGGGUCCCGGAGGACUUCUUCCUCUUCCACAGCGACCUGGUCUACUUGGAAUUGAGGCACAACGCCAUUGCUGCCCUGCCGGACGGCGCCUUCGCCAGCUCCGGCAAGCUGCUCUACUUAGAUCUGAGCUACAACAACUUGAGCCGGCUGGACGGCAGCCUCUUCCGGUCAGCGGAGCGCCUGGUCAAGCUCUGCCUGGGGAACAACCAGCUGGCCGAGGUGGACGAGGCAGCUUUCGCCAGCCUGGAGCAUCUGCAGGUGCUGGAGCUGAACCACAACCGCUUGCAGAGGCUGAGCGUGGCCGCCCUGGCCGCCCUGCCCAGCCUGCGGGUCCUCCGCCUAGAGGGCAACCCCUGGCUGUGCGACUGCGACUUUGCCGGCCUCUUCAGCUGGCUGCAGGAGAACGCUUUCCGGCUGCCCCAAGGUCUGGGGGAGCUCUGGUGCACCCCCCCCACGGAGGAGAGCUCGGUCCCGCUCAGCGAACUGACGGAAGCCAGUUUCCAGGACUGCAAGUUCCGUCUGUCCCUGGUGGACCUCCUGAUCAUCGUCUUCUCCGGGGCGGCCGUCUCCGUGGCAGCCAUCAUCUCCAGCUUCGUUCUGGCGCUGCUGGUGAACUGUUUCCACCGAUGCACACCCAGAAAAGACGAGGAAGAAGAGGAGGAGGAAGGCUGAGCUCCCUUCUCCUCUUCCGCCUGCC